AUGACUGACGAAAUUUCAAUCGGAACUCCGCAGGAGCAAGUUCUCUAUAAUGAGAAUUUGCUAGGACUUAUUCUGAAGCACGCCCAUGCCGAAACGGUCACCAGGGCCAUGCUGGUCAACACGUUUUGGUACCAAAUUGCCACGGAAAAAAUCACGAAACUGAGGUAGAACUAGAUUUCUAAAGUUUUUUCAAGUUUUUUUUUUCAAAUUUGAAGUUUCAGGCGUAUCGCCAUCCUAAAGCUCCAAAUCAAAAGGAUUAUUCGACGAAAUGGCGUCUCAAAAGCGACUGUUAGCCGGUAUGGUCGUGAAGACCUGUGUUUUGACGUAAGUCGGUUUGGAAGGAGAUUAUUUGAGAAUACAAAAAUAGGAAAAAUAAAAAAACAAAAAAACAAGGGUUUUUAAUGAGAUAUUGGAAUUAAAUAGAAGAAAUAAACCGGGAGAACGGAUAAAUUUUUCAUUCCUGUUCUUCUUGAGACUCGAAAGAAAAAUUUAUCGACGUUCCAGAUUAUGAUCCUCGAGAGUUCAAAAAUUUUUAGUUUUCGAGAAGAAAAAUUCAAUAUCGAAGAAAAGCUUUAAAAUUUGACGCAAUUAAUUAUUUGCAAAGCCUUCGCACCUCAUAAAAAAGGAAGUCAUUCGCCUUCAUAUUUCCAUAAAACCAUCGAAAAAAAUUAUCUUCCUUGGGAGAGUUUUUACCCAAAGUCAGUUAAAUCAAUAUUUUUCUUCUCAAAUUUUUUUGCACGUUCUUCAAUUUAUCAGCCUUCCAGUUUUAGAAUCCCGAGAGACUCAUGUUGAAGUUGCGUCGCUUGCAACCUGAAGAUUUUCGAAAUGAUAAUUGCACAAGUUGGAUACCUACCUGGUUCCUCAAAGGUAUUCCCAGUGUGAGUUACUUUCUUCAAAAAAAAGAAAUGAAAACAGAGCUUAUUCAGAUUGAUAUCUGUUUUGAAGCUCCGACCGAUUUACUGAGCUACCUCGAACACGCUGAUAAAUGUACUACGUUGAAAAUCAAAGGCAAAUAUGUUCUGGGGUCGUUUUCUGAACUGUUCAGAAAAUGCUAUGCGCCUAUCACUACGUUAGUUUUUUCUCUGAAGCUUCGAAUCACCCUUUUUCAGUGUUGAAGGGCCUGGAGCCGGAGGCAGAGAUGGAUUGAAGUUUACCGCGCAGGAUUUGAAGACGCUCUCUGAAGUUUCCGGGAGAAGGCCGUUGCAUACAUUUCAUUUAGAAGAAGUCAAUGUUGACUUUGACCUUGUGCAAUUCGAAAGGUUCAUUAGGGUGAGUGUCCAAUAUUUUUCUCGUUAUGAGAUUUUUCAUAAUCAUCAAAUGUUACUUCUGAAAAAUAAGGAUUAUUUGAAUUUUCUGGCGAUUAACCUUCAAAGUGUUUCGAAAUACCAAGUUUUAAGCCGACUUUUUUUAGGUUUUUGGAAUAUUUGAUCAGUUUGUUUAUAAUCACAAAUCAUCGAAAAAAACAGUGAUUUAUUGAAAUUGAAACUGACGGAAUCAAAACUUUUUGAGAAUAAGUUCAACUCCAAUUAUUCCGACUAGUUAAAAAAAUUAUAUUUACGAAUGAUUUAUGUUUUAGGAGGCGAAGUUUUUUUGUCAAGCGCGCAUUUUCCUGCCUGUGGUUUCGUUUUUCAGAAGCUGA